AUGGACAGAACCCCGCUCCACCCAAUGGCGUCCCCUCAGUGCGUUCCUCGCAGCCCCAGCUCCGCGUCCCGGGCCGCGCCGGCCUUCUCCACCGCCAACUUCGUGCGCUCCCUCCGCAAGGCAGCAUCCUUCGGCUACACGAAGACCGGAGCCGCCGGUGUCGUCGACGCCGUGGGCACGACGCGACGGCACGGCGCGAAUGCGGCGGUGACGUCAUCCCCAUGCAGGUCGUCUCCUCAGCCGGGCUACGCUACGAGGCGGAGGCGGAGCACCGGGGAGCCGGAGGACGUCGGGAGAAGAUCGGUCGUGCCCAGGAAGAUGGCGACUACUACGCGUAGCAGCAGAGAGGAGGACGCGGCGCACCGGGCGCGCGUGCUCGCCGCGCGGCUCCUGCAGUGGCGGUUCACGAACGCCCGGCUGGAGAAGGCCAUGGCCCGCGCCACCUCCGCCGCCCAGAAGAAGCUGUUUUACGUGUGCCUGCGCGUGGCUGAGCUGCGCAACAUCCACGCGGCCAAGAUGAUCGUGGCGCAGCGGUGGCGGCUGAAGGUUAAGCUUGGAAGGCUCCUGCGAACGCAGCUCCCCCUCCUCGGGACAUGGGAGCCCGUCGGCGAGUCGCACGCCAGUUCCGUCGCGGAACUCGGCCGCGUCCUAUCCGCCGCAGCCGCCUCCCUCUCCUUAACCGACGGAGCCCAAGUCAGGCUGGAGCUGUUGCACGAAACCAUGCUUGCUUGCCUACGCGCCAUGGAUGAGAUCGAAGCCAAUGCCGCCAUGUUCUAUGCUACGGGUGGCGUGACGAGCAGCGCCGCCGGCGAGCUCGCGAGCACAAUCCGGCAGGAGAUCGCGGGGCUUGACGAGGCCAUGCGGCUCUCCAGGAUCGUCACUACCUUCCUGGUUCAGGAAGUGAGCCUUCGAGCAGAUUUAAUACAAGCCAAGCCGGCCGGCCGGUCCCAAACUGCUAGUUUCAUGUCAGCUUGUCGGAAAUAA